CUCUCUCUCUCUCUCUCUCUCUCUCACUCUCUCUCUCUCUCUCUCUCUCUCUCUCUAUCUCUCUCACACUGUCUGAGUCGUCAGGUUUUAUUUCUCUCCUCCUCUUCUUCUCCGGCUCUUGUUAUGACCCAUUUCAGGAGUGACUGCUACCGAGACAGACACACUGGGAUGAACACCGAGCAGAGAGCUGGUCGCAACGCGUCAGCCAAGAGAGGAAGCGGUGCGCCCAUCAGCAGGGAGGCAGCCAGCUUCUCCUCCUGCAUCGGCGAGGGGAGAAACCUGAUUUCUACAGCUCAUCCCUUCUCCUUGCAUCCAAAGAGAGGAACGCAGAGGUGCAGAUCCCAGCUCAUAUCAUCAAGGAAACCGCCUCUCAAACCAACAACCGGAGGUCAGAGGUGCAGCUUUCCAACUCAUCUUCUCAAGGAAACCUUCUCUCAAAUCAAGCUUCUACAAACUCCUCGCAGCGACUCAGUGUCCUGCAGAUCCGACUAUGAGAACGAAUAUGACAGAUACCCUCAAGACUACUACAACAGGGUAUUCGACUACCAGCGUGUCCCAUCCUCUGUCCCAGUGGAUCCCAGUCCCAUCAAGAGGCCCCGACCUUCCUCCUCAUCUUCCUCUUCCUCCUCCACAGCAGCUCUGAGGAUGAGGAGAAACAGAGAAUCCAGCGGGUCCAACAAAACACUCAGCCCUGCCUCCAGCAUCAAAGCCAAAUUGAAGAUGACAGAGCUUCUGGCCAUAAAGAGGGAGUUGACAGUGAUCAAGGUUCAGAUCGACAGCCUGUUGGACCGUGUGGACAAAAUGGACAGACAGAGGAAGGACUGCUCAGAGUGUCCUCGGAGCAGGGAGCCCAGUGUGUCAGGCUCUCCUCACCAGGGUUCAGUCAGCAGUCUAGAGAGAGAAAGUCCUGAACCAGGAGAGGCCAGCGAGGACGACCAGCUGCACUACCACCACUACUACCCCCACAGGAUAAAGCAGCAUCAGUCUGAUCUGGAGGACGACCUGUGAUACUGCAGCUCAGAAACUGACGCUUGAAUUGAUAACAGCUGGGAUAAAAAUGCUACGAGGAGGCGCUGGCGUUAUCAACUUCAGAUCGACCCCACUCCACAUCUGAAUAAGUCACAAUCAUUGAUUCCUUCUUAGUUCUCGUCUCCAUUCCACAGUACAAACAAAAUCCCACGUGUACCUGAUCUGAUGCUCCAUGCUAACAUAUCGACACAUGUGACGCAGUAACUAAAUGUAUAUGUUCCCUGUAAAGCACCAUAGAGGAUGUCCUACCUUUCAGGCAGCCAUUAAGUCAACUACAGUAUUGGCAGUUAUUUUAUUUCCCCCUUGCAUAUUGAUGCGAUCAAAGAUGAUCCAGCAUCUUAAAAUGUUUACCUUCCCAAAAGUAUCGAAUUCAUGAGCUAUGUUUGCCAGAAUUUCAGUUGUCACACAUGCACCUGAUUAUAAAAUCUGCUACAGCAACCCAUUGAGGCCAAAAGUAUGUACUAUACAGUACACACAUAGACUAUACGAUGUUUACAGUAUGACCAAAAAAACAACAGAAAAUAUUCAAUCCAAUUGGUCUUGUUUAUUCCUCUAAACAGUUGCUGCCCAUGUUGUGCUCCAUUCAGACCUAUGUCAAUAAAGUAAGUGUGGCAGCAGCUGGCAGCUCCUAAUCACAGUUUAUUUUCAUCAGACCUGUGGUUAUUAUGUGUAACCAGCUGUGUACAGGAGUGCUUUACCGUUCUGGUAUUAAGGCUCAGUGAGCACGCUUUUACAAAUCCACUCAGGAAAUCAGUCAUUUCCAAUAAAGAUAACUUUACCACAUCA